AAAAAGUCAUCAGAAAGUGCAAUUUAUGCCAAAUUGUCUGUAUUUUCGUAAAUUAAAUACUCUAAAGAAGUGUAAUCGUACUCGCCGAUAAUCGCAAAUAGGCAGGUUUACAGUAAGCGAUACAAAUAAGGUAGUGUGUCGACGAAUUGGAUUAGUUCUUUCGUACAAAUUGUGGCUGCUCGUUAAGCGGCAUCGAAUUCCGAUAGAUCUGCGUUCGAUAGUCAAACUAUCAGCUAGUUCGUUUUGCAUUUUAAUAUCUGCCUUCAAAUAGACCAUUUCUAAAUCAACUUCCUUUCCGGGAAAACAAGAUCCGAAAAUAAACGGUAGUGUAAUGCUAUGCUAAUUAUCGUUCUCAUCGGAACAGUUCAGAUCGGACGCGCUUUCAAAGAUUAUCUACUAAAGAGCGUCUAUUCACCGAUUCACAUCAUUUUCCGAAUUGGCUGCAAGUUUUGCGAUCUGCUUGGGAUGGAUAAACUAAACAAAAACACUUCGAUGGGUUCCAACGGAACGGCGACGAUCGUUUUUAACAAGGACGACAAGCAGCACUGCUUUGAUGUUGGUGGACGGAGCGUAACCGUGGUGGGAAAUUUAGGUAAACAUGACCACGGCAGCUCGAAGGUUAAAUUGAAGAAUAUCGUCGACUACAAAUGGGAGCAACGGAAUUAUCCCGGAAGAUUGAUAGCCUGUCAUGACGAUGGCAAGCUUAUUGCUUAUGCCAUUACAGUCAACCAUCGUGCGACUCCAGAGGGCAUGGUCCGCAUCGUACAUCUAACGCUUGGGCAGCGAUCUCUCAUAAAAGGCUUAUCCGGUGAGGUGCUUGAUCUGCAGUUUGCUCACAUUGCUUCGACGGUCAUGCUUGCCCUGAUUGAACAAAUGGCACUGCAUGUGCACAAGAUUGAAAUUGUGAGCGAAAAAAUCGUCUGUACACGUCUAUUAAAAAUCAACGACCCAAUCGAUGGUCAUGUUCCGAUCUGCGACAAGGUUUCCUGGUGUCCAUACCUGCAAGAUAAUGCCUACGAAGAUCAGUAUGCUAGCCAGCUGCUCGUUUGGACCCGAGGUGAUACCUUCCAGUGCUACAGUAUUAGUACGGUCGUACAGCACUACGGCCAGGGAGAGAUAGCCGGCAAAGAUAUCUCCGAGGGCGGAUUUAAAUUUCGUGACUCACUUCCUAUUAUAACGGGAGCUAUUUUCUCAGCGGACGGUACAACGCUUGCCAUCAGCUGCGAUGACGGUGUCAUUCGAUUUUAUCAGGUGUACCAACACACAAACGACAGCAACCCACGGUGUCUGCAUCAGUGGAAACCACACGGCGGAAAAACGAUCAGCAGCUUUUUCUUUUUGGAUAAUUACACUGAACAGGCGGCAGAUCAAACCCUCUGGCAGCAUGCUAUAACCUGUUCUGACAACAACACUGAGGUUAAAGUGUGGUCCUGUGAGACUUGGGAAUGCACACAAACGAUCAAGUUUGUCCUUCCGACAGAUCAGCAACUUAACUUUAAGGCUGAACUCGAUGCAACAUCGUCAUAUUUAAUCCUCUCGGACAUCACUACACGAGAAUUAUACGUGCUUCAAGUUCGCAAAGAAAUUGGUCAAAGCUCCGAAGGUAGCUCUGUUGCCAAUGGUAAAUCCUGCGAGGAAAACUUCACCUGCGCCAAAUUGGCAGAAGUUAAAUCAAGUCAGGACCCAUCGAACAUAACGGCAACAUCGACAACAAGCUCGAUGAAUAACGGCAGCGCAAUUACUAAAGCAUUCAUUUCAUCAAUUGCCGAAUUUCCGCUUUCAUCGCCCAUUCUGAGUUUCGGCAUUCUAGACGUAGCAGUUCGAAUGUGCAAAACCAGCGAUGCCUAUCUAAUCGAAGAACUGGAUGAUUAUGACGAAGAAAAUAGUGCCCUCUAUUGCGUGGUAAUUCAUAUGUUCCUAGUGCAACCUAAAAGCGUCCAAGAAUGUCAGCUGUUCUAUCAGCCAAACGUUGCAUUUGGCUCCGCCGUUCGCAGUACUAUUUCCAGUAUCAGCAGUGAAUACAGGAACAUUUCCCAGUCCUCCAGUGCUUCACCAGGUGGCAAGGAUGAACGCACCAAUAACGUCACAUCGCUGAUGGAAAUGAUCACCAAGAGCGCUGCGAACAAUUUACCAGCUGCGAUUAAAACAGGUGACGAUAGCACAUUGAACUUAUCUGGAAAAGCAGAAGUCGCUCAAGUAAAUGAAGCCGAUGAAACACUGAAACCAACAGCAACAGCGCCAGCAGGAAGUGGAAUCAGUACUAUAGCAAACUUGAAUACGAGUUCCGGCAGCGGCUCAGCCAGCCAGCACAAGCACACCGUUAAUCUAAUGACGCCGGACUCAUUCAGCUCCACCAGUGACAAAACCGACCAGCACAAAAAUGAUGAAACGGUUAACCCGAACGUCUUGAGUACGUUGCUCAUGUUGGCUAACGUAACUAAACAGCAGCAACAGCAACAACAACAGCAGCAAAUAACUAAUAACAAUGCCACGUCGCCCAGCGAUAAUCUCAAAGAGAAACCUUCGCCGUUGAACAUGUUAAACAUUGUCAACAGCGCCAUGUUAGAAGAGCAGGAACAAGCCAAAGUUCGACAAUCGGUCGAAAAACAGAAAGCUUUGCUAGAAACUCCACCUGUGCCACCAAUGCCUUCGGCAGAGAUGCUUGCCAGUGGUGGCUCAAGCCCAAGCCGUGAAGUACAGGAAAUUCUCUCUCUAAAAGAUAACGACUGUCUCAAUGAGUACUAUGAUUCGGAUAAUAUUCUGUUGGACGAAACCGACGGAAUCGGCGCAGACGAUGACGAACUGAACGAUUUGGAGAAUGAUAUCAUCGACGACGAAGAGGAUGAAGACCGAUAUAUAUUCAAGAACAUUGACGAUGACGACGAUGAGGACGAAUUACAACAACGAAGAGUGCAGCCAAGGCAGAGCAGGUCCAAAUCGAGUGAAAAACCGGAAAAGGCCAAACCCAUCAAUCAAGAUCAAUCGCAGCAGAGCUUCAAAAAGACGGAAGCAGAACACGAGAAAGUGGAUCAAAAUAAUUCCGCUAGCAGCGGCGGAUGGCCGAAAGUACCGGAGGUGCCGCAUCCGACGCAAAACAGCUUUAUGGCUCCCGCACAAGUUCCUCCCCCACAACCACCGAUGAUUGUAACUGUUCCGCAAAAUUCUAAACAACUUGACGACAUGACGCAAAAAAUGAAUUUGCUUUUGGACAUCGUGCAGACACAGUCCAGACAGAUAACAGAUCUUCGCACUCAAAUGCAAGAUUUGAUUAAAACUCAAACAGCAAAAACUCAGCAAAACACGUCGGCGAUUCACAAGUUGGAAGCGAGCCUUCCUCGAAAGAUUGAUGAAUUCUGUAUUCGAUACGACCGACAGCAAACAGCAAAAUUAGAAGCAUUGAAUAUGAUGCAAACCCGACAAUUACAGGAUUCGUUGAUGCAACGGUUACCAGAAAUGAUAGUAGCAAUGAUGAUAGACCGGAUGAGCCCGAGAUUAAUGGUAGAAAUUCAACACACUUUGAUGACUCAAUUCAUGCCCAAAAUAGAGCAGAUUAUGCAGAUGAUUAAGAUGGAAAUAACAACUAAACUGAAUAAUACCGAAGCAAUAUUCCGAACCACCGUUGAUAAAGUGUGCCGUAGUCCAUCUUUCAUCGAUGCUCUCGCGAAUUCUGUACAAGCUGGAAUGCGGAAAGGAUUAGAGCAGAUGUACCAUGAAUCAUUGCGCAACGUGAUACUUCCUGGCUACGAAAAAUCUUCACAGGAACUGUUCCGACAGCUGAAUGUCACAUUUUCGUCAGGAACAAAAGAAUAUGUUCAAAAAAUGGACCAAUAUCUGUCGCAGAAUAAACAGGUUACAGAUAGGACGCACGAGUUGAUCGAUCUCGUUAAAAAGGUGCCGGAACAGAUUAACUCAAACACGGAUCGACAAUAUAAGACAAAUACAACCGUUCUCAGAGAGGACAUCAACAGGGAUUUUAAAUUGCUGCAAACUAACCUUCUGAAAAUAAUGCGAGACAGCAUUCGAUAUGAAAUUGAAAAGGGCUUGGAGGCACAAGCUUCCUCACUCGAGGACUCUGUGCUCUCGGCAGUACGAUCUCAGGCCCAAACCCCGGCUCCGUCCAAUGUGGACAUCCAGGAACAAAUUCGGCAACUGCUCGCUGCCGGUCAAAUCAACAAGGCUUUCCAUAAAGCUCUCCUUUCUAACGAUCUGAGUCUGGUCGAUUUUACCUUGGAAAAGGCGGACUACAAACUAGUAUUCAACCCGUGCCCACUCGAACAAACGGUACUGUUAUCACUGAUCCAGCAAAUAUCCGCCGAUAUGGCUAACCACAACGAACUGAAGCAAAGGUAUCUGUCGGACGCCAUCGUCAAUCUAAACUUUCAGGAUCCAAUCACAAAAGAACACACGCCGAAGGUCAUGCGCGAGCUUACGCAGAACUGCCAGAAUUAUCUCACAGCCAACCCAAGCACUCCACUGGCGACCAAUAUCAAAAUGCUGAUGAUCGCUAUUCAAGGGUUAGGAUAUAAACAAUUUUGAUAUUUAUGGAAAUAGCUUGUGAAUGGCUGCUGAGCGUCGACCGACAAAAGCUCCGGUACUACAGUGUUAAGUGCAUUUCGAUUUUUUUUGUCUGAUGGUGAAAAUAACAGUAUCAGGUACGUGCAUUUCUUAGCUCUCCGUAUGCUCUACAGAUGUAUCGUCCUAAUACAAGGUAAAUGAACGUUGAGCGUCAAUUAAGAACUGCUGUUUGCAAAUUGCGUUUCUUUUCUAUCAAAUAUCUUACUUUUAAAUCUUCCAAUCAUAUAUCUGACGGAUUCGAAUAAUUUUAAACGCUUUUUUUAUUUGCUAAAAACUUGUGCGAUUAUGUCAAAUUGGCAUUUUAAUCCAUAUUGAUUAUGGAUUAAUGAGAAGAUCUUUCAAAAAGAGCAACACAUUUGCAAUCAAUAUGGAAAUUUUGAA